AUGGGUGCGGCCGUAGUUUUGGCCCCGGGCCGUCCAGCCUCAGACUUGAAGUCUCGCAAAAGCGUAUUCCUCGCAGGACCAACAAAUCCCACUGGGGAGGCUGACUGGAGAGAAACGCUCACCGAGGCAUUGAUCGAGCUACCCAUCGUGAUAUAUAACCCCAAGCGCAGCGACUGGGAUUCGACUUGGAAGGAAGAUUUUUCAGACAGCCGCUGGGCGGAGCAAGUGGAGUGGGAGCUUGGGAUGCAAGACAAGGCAGACAUUGUUGUUGUCUUCUUUCAUAAAGCCACUCCAGCGCCAAUUAGUCUCUUAGAGUUGGGUCUGUGUGUUCGAUCUGGAAAGGCAAUUGUGUGUGCUCAGGAUGGAUACUCCAAGAGAGGGAAUGUGGAGGCGGUUUGUAGGCGAUAUGGGGCCAAGUUUAUGGCCUCUGAAGAGGAUCUGAAGGAUGCUGUGAUGGAGAGGCUGAAGGGGCUUAUUGCUGGGUGA